AAUGCAACUGUUAAAGUUCGAUACGAUAAAGUUGGCUACAGAACAAUUGAGACUAAUGACCCACUAUCAGGAUGGUCUUCUAGCUUCGCCAUCGGAUCAAGUUUACUCAUCUCUAAAACGACAGACCAAUAAGACCAACAGAGAAGAUUUAAAGCGAAAAGGAAAAGAGAAUCUAGGAACAAAUAAUAGAGAAAGGAAAUCAUUGACAACUGAACGAAAAGAUUGGUCGUUUACAAUUCAACUCGAUUCGGAUUACGCCUAA